UCUAUUUUCCCUUCUUCCUUUGUUUUUCCCCUUUCUCCUCUCUGAGUUCUUCAUCUUCAAACCCAAAACCCAUCACUAAGCCACCAUGGCCAGACCCUCUAUCACUGGUCCCACCGCAAGCCACCUGACCAAGCCGUAUGCCUGUAUUCUCUCCGUCUUCUCCAUGGGUCAUGGCUCCAUUGCGGGUCGUGGGUGCAUCAAGUCCGGCGUGGAUCAUGGCAAGUUCGGCGUAGGUCGUGGGUCAUGGCUCUCUCAAGUCCGGUGUGGUCGUGGGUUGUGGGUCUCUCAAGUCCGGCGUGGGUCAUGAUGGGUUGAUUCAUGGUUCAUGGGUUUUGAUUUUAGGUGGGUUCCAAUGGGUUUUGGGUUGGAAUUUUCUGGUUUUGAUUUAUUGAUGGAUUUUGGGAUGGGUCUUGCCUUUUGGAUUCAGAUUUUGUGGGUUUCAGUUGUGUGAAUUUUGCUUUGAUUUUUUUGUGGGUUUUUGUGCAUUGGUGGUGGUGGUGGUGGUUGAAUGGCAAUGGUGACUUUGGGAUAUGUUUUGAGAUGGAGAACUCAGGGGAGACGGGGAGAGGAAAGAGACAGAAUGUUUUUUUUUUUUAAGUUCAGGGACAAAAUUGUCUUUUAGGACGAAAUUGGUAGGUUUUAAAAUAUUUUGGACUUAGUUGGAUAUUAUCACAAACCUCUGGUGGUUUGUGGAAUUUAUCCAAAAAAAAAAAAAAAAAAACAUUGGCAUAGAGUAGUGUACCCAGAGGCCAGAGCCCUGGUACGUUGCACGGUCAAGCAAUUGCCAUUCUCUACGAAUUCAUACAACGACAAGUUCCAGAGAAGGCAGGUGGAAAUCCUUUGAUGGCUGAUAAUACCGACCCAUUUCCCAAACUCUCAAGUGUAUAUAAAAACUCUCAUCCUCAGGUUAAUCAAUUGAAUCAUCAUAUAGCAAACAUCAAUCUAAAUUCAAAAGCUAGUGACUGCAAUGUUACCCCACGGGAGUCACAUAACAGAGCUGGAAGUAGUGCUGCAAGACCCUGGUUUCCUCAGAAUUCUAUGCAAACACAAAAUGCUGAUCUUAAGAAUUCCAAUGACAGAGUAAAUGCAUGGAUCCAACAGUCUAAGGGUCCUUGGCAAAAUAAUUACAUUGGCCAACAACCUGUAGUAUCUCCACCCCUACGGCAAGGAUCAUUUUGGUCCGCUGGAGUUGAUCACACUCAAUCUAGUGACUCAAAAAAUGGCCAGUUGAAUGAUGAAAUCAUCUCAAACUCCCACUGUGUUGAUGAUGAGAAGAAUGAUAGUGAUCACUUUGAGAUUGUUUGUGAUAGUGAUGAUGAUCUCUCAAAUUAUGACUCUGAUUUAGAUUCAAGUGAAGUGAGCUAUGAGACAUUCAAGAAGAGCAAGUGGUUUGUGACAUUCUUUGAGUCUAUGGAUAAACUGCCUACUGAGGAGAUUAAUUUACCCUCAAGGCAGUGGCACUGCCCAGCAUGCAAAGGGGCUCCUGGUGCCAUUGAUUGGUAUCGAGGCCUGCAGCCCUUAAUGCAUCAUGCCAGAAACAAACAGGCAAGAAGAGUAAAGCUCCACAGGAAGUUUGUCGAAAUCUUGGAUCAGGAGUUGCAAAGGAAGGGAACUUCAUUGACACUAUCUGGUGAAGCAUAUGGUAAAUGGGAAGGCCUAGAUGCAAAGGUUAAUGAUCAUGAAAUAGUAUGGCCCCCAAUGGUUGUCAUAAUGAACACAAGAUAUCAGCAGGAUGACAACAAUAAGUGGAAUGGAAUGGGAAAUCAAGAGCUUCUUGAUUACUUCAGCUUGUACUCUGCAUUGAAGGCUCGACACUCAUAUGGUCCAAAAGGGCACCGAGGCAUCAGCGUGCUAAUCUUUGAGAGCUCGGCAGCAGGGUAUUUAGAGGCUGCACGUUUGCAUAAACAUUUCAAAGAGCAAGGAAGAGAUAGGGAUGCGUGGGGUCGUUGUAAGACCCCCUUUUGUCUGGGUGGGAAGCGUCAACUUUAUGGUUACAUGGCUGUGAAAGAUGACUUGGAUAUCUUCAACCAACACGCCCAUGGUAGGUCCAACUUGAAAUUUGAGAUGAGAUCAUACCAAGAGAUGGUUGAGAGCAAGAUAAAGGAUAUAAAUGAUGAUAAACAGCAGAUUACCUGGUUUAAAGAAAGGGUUAUUAAAGAGAAGAAGCAUUCACAAACUCUGGCAGCUACUCUAUCUCAAGUCAGUGAGAAGUUGCGCAGAGCAACAGAAGAAAAUCGUAUUGUCAGAGAGCGAGUUAAAAUACAGCGUGAGGAGAACAAAGAAGAGAUGGAUGCCCAAGAACAAUUUUUUAAGGAUCAAAUCAAAGCUAUUCAACAAGCUAUAGAUGCAAAGGAAGAUAGUUUUGAGCAAUUACAGCAGCAGGAGCGAGAGAAAGUGAAGAUGACAAAUUCAUCUAAGAUAGAGGAUCUAAGAAUUAGGCAGCAGGAAAUUGCUAGAUUCAUACAGUUCCAGGACAAAGAGAUGGAACAAUUUGUAGAUGAGAGGGAUAAGCUGGAUAGAGAUCAUGAAUACAUGAAGCGAAAGCUGAGGCAGAGGUACUGGAAGGAAGAGGUUGAGCUGGAGAAGAAGUAUGAAACUAAAAUAACCCAGCUCAUGGAGAAGUAUGCCCCCUCAUCAUCAUCAGGAACAAACAGCCAAUAGCUUCCAUUCAUAAGAUGGAGUGUGGUGAACUCAGAAUCAGAAAGCAGUGGGAGUAUGUGGGUCUAUAGCUUUUCUUUUGGUUUUUGGCUCAAUUGUAGUUUUUUGGGGAAUGCUAUACCAAAAAAGAAUGAGCCUGCUAGUUCCUUACUAUUAUUUUUGCCUUGUAUUUUCCUUCUUUUAAGUAAGUUUUGAUCUCAAGGUAAGAGGGAGGGGAUGAUUCAAAGUAGUGAAGUCUGCUUCAUGAAGCGUGAUUCCCAAUUGAUUGUACUACCCUUGGGGUUAUUAUGAUUUAUUUCUGUUUUGUUGUGUGGUAAUGAAUCUAGUGAUGACAUUUUACCCAAAAAAUAAAUGUUCUAUGCUUUUUCUCAUGGUCA